AUGCCCUCUGGAGAGAGGGUGAGGGGAGGGUGGGAGGAGGGGGAGAAGGAUGGAGAGGAGGAGGAGGAGGAGGAGGAGGAGGAGGAGGAGGAGGAGGAGGAGGAGGAGGAGGAGGAGGAGGAGGAGGAGGAGGAGGAGGAGGAGGAGGGAGAGGGAGUGGGAGAAAAUGUUGGAGAGGAGAGGGCAGGGGAGAGAAGCAGAGUGCGAGCACUGGCAGCAAGGAGGAGCUCUGCUGAUGUUGCCACGAUUGAUCAACUCGCCCCCUUCCCUUACAGCUGCUGUCUUGCCAUCAUCACCAUCAUCACUCCUGCCAACCUUGUUGCUGCUCCCGCUGCUGCCAUCAUCGAAAUCACCACCACCAGCACCGUUGGGUUCCUUAUUGAAGGACUCGAUAACAGACUGUAG